AUGCCCUGCGGUCGUAGGACCGGAUAUCGUGCCGCACGGCAGAUGCAGGCGGUCCUCAGCAUCAGCGGGCAAAAGAAAAAACAUUUGCAACAUAUCGAUCUCAUCUCCACGAACAAUAUGAAGCUGCUUCACACUUUCAUCGCUACCGCCUUCUUAGCUACUGUCUCAUGUCUUGAGAUGGGCGACCUUGUCUCAGGCCAAGUCUACAAUGCCAGCGACGUUGCGGAGCUACUCAAAGAAAACCCCCUUGACCCUGGCAACGGCGAAGGCUACGAAUUCCCCGAAGGCGAAGGCCCCACCUUGCCUGAGGACGCGGAAAUUCUGGAGAACAAAUACUGUUAUGUCCAAGCCUUCUCCGGGAAUCAUUGCGACGGCAAAGCGGGUUCUAAAGUUAGAAUGGAGAGAACGAACGGUAAACAUGGAUUUAUGGUUAUAUCCGGAUUUGGCACAUUCCUGAGAAUAACAAGGCAGCAUGCCAAAACGUCGAUCUGGAAGGUAACAAUUGGCAAAGAAUGCGAUGGCAGAAGUUUUAAUAGGGUCUCUAUUGAAGCCGAGAUAGCAAAUACUUGCUUUGUGGGGUGCGGCAAUUGA